AUGACAAACCCCACUCCAACCACAAUCCCCCGCUCCCUCAUCACCUCCCCCGACGGCGCCCUCCUCCCCCCAACCUCCCUUACAACUGCAGAGCAACAGACCCUCCUAGACGAGCAUAGCAAACUCUACACACUGGGUCAAAUUUACCGCAGGAAAUUCCAGAAAUCAGGCGAAAAGAUCUACCUCGACCACGCUAUUUACUGCGCAACCCGGCUGCUAGAGAUAUACCCCACCGACGAUGCCCUGCGCCGAAAAUACCUGUUUCAAUUUGGAGACAAAUAUGCUUCGCGAUAUUCUCGAUAUGGGGAGGCGGCAGAUCUCAACGUCGCGAUCGAUGCAUUGGCAGAGAGCGUCCGCGAAGAUCAGGACCGAGAGCAAAAUCUCUCGGGCAGCACACGCGGAAAGGCGCUCCGGGCGUACUCGCAAUGUCUGAAACUGCGAUACAUGGUGAAUCACCUAGACGCCGAUUUCGACGCGUCCCUUGUGGCGCUGAAGAGUGCACUGAAGACGUAUCGGUCUCUGGGCGACGAGAAGAAUAUUGCUGAAUGCCAGGUUCUUGGCGCAGUGCUGUACGAUGAGAAAUACACACUCACAAAGAACGAAGCUGCUAUCGACUCCGCAAUAGCCUGGGCACAGGACGCCGUGGAGGCUAGCGAUAGCGACCGGUCAAGCCCAGCAUUCAGAAUAUGGACGGACGCUAUGGAGUUACUCACCUCGCUCUACCGAAACAGAUACCUCUUAAACGAGGAGGAGGAGGAUCUUGAGCAUGCAAUCGAAAUAGCAGAGCGGCUAUACGCGGUCCUGGUCACGGCACCCGAUAGAGCGCGCCUCCAUUUCAACCUGGCGCAGCUGUUCUUUUCUCUAGUGAAGAAGACGAAUUCGCAGGACCACGGGGCUGAAGUCUCUGGUCAUCUCCGAGGAUGUCUACAUCUGACUCCCAAGGACCACCCGGCCCGUGCACAACGGGAGGAAUUCUCGCAAACCUGUUUCCACUGGCUCUCCAGGAAUGAUAGGACAGGGUACGAUAUUCGCGGCCGGCCGACGAAUGCCGAGAUUGUAGCGCAACGGCACCAAAUUGCGCAGUUCGGCGACGGGAGGGAUCCAUCGGAAUUAGCGCGCCUUUAUAAUCAACUCGCCAUGAUGUACUGGACCCGGUACGAGUCAAACGAGCGAACUAGCGAGGCGAAGAGCGCGAUCGAAGCGAUGAAGGAUGCUGCGAGAUUGACGCCCGACAACGAGGAGGAAGAGGCUGUCGAUCGCCUGCGCAUGGUUGGCUUCUUUGCAUGUGAGCUCUGGCAUGAGGUCGAGACCACGAACUGUCUCAAGCUCGGGCUUCGGUCGGUCCGUGAGGCAGCGCAGAGAUGUGUGGCUGCGACGGAUAUACCGAGUUUGGUCAAGGCGAGAGCUUUGCAUGGGGCGGCAAGACUGCUACUUCCUUUGUGUGAUGAGUCGCGGUAUGAUGACGAGUCUGAUGAGGUGGCUGAGCUUGGGUCUGGGGAUGAAGCCGGUUCGAGUGAGACACUCGUACAAGAAGCUAUGCGGUAUGCAGCACAGGCAGUGGAGUUGGCUGCUGAGGAGGGUUGUCAGGUGGAUGAUGGAUGUGAGAAUUGUGCGGAGAGAAGUAUGUAUGUGGAGGAUUUGGAGCAUAUACAGAGUAUUGCUGGGAGGCCUUAA